AAGAAUGGAGAAAAAGAAAAGAAAGCACAUUGCCAACUCCCCCAUGUUUGUCAACCUGAAGGCCAAAGGCUUUUCCCUCUCUCAACAGAGAUGAAAAUUCCCUGCUUUCUGAUCUUUUCUCAGCUCUUUCAUACAUCAUUCUUCAGCUUGCUUUGUUCAUGCAAGAUCCAAAGCAGUCUCACACAAGGAAGCCUUGGUAUCAAAGAGCAAUAGAGAGGGCUACCGUAUUGAAAACUGUUGCAAAGACUGCUGAAAUCCCUACUACAAAUGCUACAUUGUGGAAAACCAUUUCCAAACCUACAGAAAUUCCUUUGGCGAAUGCAAUGUUAUGGAAAACCUUUCCCAAGUCCGCUGAAAUCCCAUUGACUCCUCCUAGACAAAAGUUAAGGAAAUGUACACCCCUAAGGGUUGCCACGUCGUUUACUAGGGUUUGUCUAUGUGCACCAAUCUCUUCCUACAAUGAGGCUUUUCAUGCCAAUGUUCCCCCUAGAAAAAGCAACAGUUACCCUAGGUCAAAUCCGUUUCCCAUGUCGCAAGAAAGGAUACCUAACGCGAGACUUAGCAUGGAAGGAAGAAGAGUUUUUCGCGGAAAAUCUUUGAGGGAUGAUGUUUUAAUGAGGAGAUUUGUUGUGGACGAAGAAGCAAUGAUGCAAGUUAGAAGGAGGAACCAAAUGGAAGUUAUAAGGAGGAGAAGUAUGAUGAGAAGGAAGAUGCUUGGCCCUAGUCCUCUUAACAAAAUGGUAAAGGCUGAUGAAGAAGAAAAUUUUUAA